CUUUCCGAAGCCACACUGACCCGUCAACUCUCGCACUUUCGGAGUUCCCAACUAUUCAGCAGAUGACAUCUGGUACCAUAUGAUUCGACUGUACCUGAGAAUUUGAACCUUGAUUCUGUGGCCUCUGGACACAUAGAAUUCAUCCCCGUCUAUCUGGCCUUGAGCGCCAGGAUCCCGCUCGCUCAAGAUGUCUACGGACUAUAAUUACGAUGACCAAGCGCAGUUCUUCCCGUACUUCAUUCUCACAAUCUCUGCUCUGGUCGCCAUACCCACGACAUACUCGGUUCUGAAACCCAGCAAAGAACUUGCUGAUACCGCAACUCGCAUCGAGCCCACCGCCAAAGUCAAAUACCAAGAUGUGAUUGAGGGGCAUCGGAAAGUGGAGAAGAGGAAGGAGUUGAAGACCAAGCGCAUAUGGACUGCUGUAUUGGCAUGGUCUAUGAUCGCAUACAUGUUCUACCUGAUAAUGGUAACAGCCAGAACAGCUCUCAAAAUCUGGGAUCCGUAUGAUGUUUUGGGCGUCGCAAGGAGCGCAACAGAGAAACAAAUCAAGUCCCAUUAUCGCAGACUUUCCCUUACCUAUCACCCCGACAAAGCUCAGCCUGAUGCGUCGAAGAACACGACCAUCGAGAGCAUCAAUGAACAAUGGGUCGAAAUGACAAAGGCAUUCAAGGCACUUACUGACGAAGAGAUCCGCAACAACUAUCUCCAAUACGGUCACCCCGACGGCAAACAAAGCUUCAGCAUGGGCAUUGCGCUACCGAAAUUCAUUGUGUCUGACGGAAACGGCAAAUAUGUAUUACUUAUCUAUGGUCUACUGCUUGGUGUCCUGCUUCCGUACUUUGUCGGCCGAUGGUGGUAUGGGCAACAGAAGCGGACGCGAGACAAAGUGCUUGUUGCCAGUGCUGGUCAUCUGUUCAAGGAGUAUGACCAUGAGAUCACCGAAGGAGGGGUGAUCAAUGCUUUGAGCAGCGGUCAAGAAUACCAGGACAUGCUGGAAGGGAGCAAAGCCGACCAUGGAAUCUCAAAACUGGAGCAGCGAAUCCUGGCACCUGGGCAAUUUCCGGCCACCGCCGCCGGUCUUAGCUUGAAAGACCGCAAGAAGCUUGAGGAAUUGGACGAGGGAGCUCGCAGAAAGGCGCUCGCUUUACUCUGGGCAUAUCUUGGACGAAUUGAGCUUGACGAUAAGGAGCUUGUUUCUGAGCAAUACCAGGUUGCACCUACGGCUCGUCUUCUUAAUCAGUCGUUCGUAUCUAUCGCUCUCGCAUAUAUGAACACAGCACCCUUACUCGCCGCAUAUCAUGCAUCGCAGCACAUUAUCCAGGCGAUCCCCCCCGGUGGAUCACCUCUUCUGCAGCUUCCUUACUUCACGCCCGAUGUCGUUAGAUCCAUAGAAGGCGCAGAGUCACGUACUCAUUUGACAGUUCAGGGACUCUUGGAGCUAUCGGAUGCAGAACGUCGGAUAAGGUGUGUGAGCUCUGGCGCGUUGUCCAAGGAGCAGUACAAUACCUCCAUGGCGGUUGCUUCACAGUUACCGCUUCUCAAGGUCGAAAGUGCGUUCUUCAAGGUCGUAGGAGAACGGUUUAUCACCCCGAGCAGUUUGGUACAAUUUGUGGUGAAGGCUCGUUUUGUUCCGCCAGGCAAGAAAGACCUCCCACCGGUCGAUCCAAAGGAGUUGGAGGAUCCCGAUCCUGUUGAGGGUGACCUUGAUGCGCUCCAUGGAAGGAAGAAGGAGGACAAAGAGGCGGAAGCCGGAAAGCCCAUCCAGCCACCUCUCGCCUAUGCGCCAUAUUUUGCCCAAGACCAUGCCCCUCAGUGGCAUGUUUUCUUGGCCGACAGCAAACAAGGCAAGAUUGUCGUCCCUCCGUUCUCGUUCUCAACAUUCAACAAGCCUCUCUUUGACAAGAUGGGUGAGCCCUCCUACGCGAUACAAACGCUGAAGAUGCAAUUCGGCGCCCCUCCACAGGUUGGUCGCUACACAUUUACGAUGAAUCUUGUCUGCGAUAGCUAUAUCGGAAUGGACACAAGGCAAGAAGUCACUUUGGUUAUCGAUGAGGCGUCUAAGGCUCAAGAUAUUGUCGAGGAAGAAGACAUUAGCGAACCGGAAGAAGACUCGAUAGCAGGCCAAGUGAGCGCCCUCAAGGGUGAUCACGUACCGCGGAAGAAGAAGCCUGCUGCAGCUACCGCCGAGGAUUCUGACGACGAGAGCGGUACAGACGAGGAAGACGAUGUUAGCGAGACGGAUACCGAUACUGAUACGGACGAUGAAUAAAUAUCUAUACCUAGGAUUGUACAGGUAUACAUCUACUAGGCAGACAUCCGUCUUUUACGCGGUGCAUUGGGCGGCGUUGAAAGUCAUUGACUGCAUACUACCGUUGUUAUUAGUGCAGUGAAACUUGAGUCACCAGUCUCGACAGAGCAAGGGCUGAGCAGCGUGG